AUGGGAUUCCACCACCUUGCAUUGUUUCUCUUUUUGGCUUCUAUUCAAGUUGCUUUUAGUCGAGAUAUUCAACACGGUUCGCUACUAGUAAAUGGUGCUCAAGCAAAAGCUGAAACAGGUGAUAACUUUAUUUGUGCGACUAUUGAUUGGUGGCCUCAUGAUAAGUGUGACUACGACCAUUGCUCUUGGGGAUAUUCAUCUGUUGUAAAUUUGGACGUAUCUCGUCCUUUCCUUGCCAAGGCAAUUCGAGCUCUCAAGCCAUUGAGGAUAAGACUCGGAGGUUCUUUGCAAGACCAGGUGGUGUAUGACGUAGGAAAUUCGAACUCUCCUUGUCAUCCAUUUCAGAAGUUGAAAGGUGGAUUGUUCGACUUUUCGAAGGGGUGUUUACACAUGAAAAGAUGGGAUGAGCUAAAUCAUUUUUUCAAUCAGACAGGGGCCAUUGUGACAUUUGGCUUGAACGCGCUCCAUGGAAAGCACCAGGUUGUUCCUACAGUUUGGGAAGGAGCUUGGGAUCCUACAAAUGCUUAUGAUUUUAUAAAGUACACUGUUUCAAAGGGAUACAAGAUCGACGCAUGGGAACUUGGCAACGAGUUGAGCGGUAAGGGCAUUGGUGCACGUGUUGGCGUUACACAGUAUGGGAAAGACUUGAUCAAGCUUAAACGGAUUCUCGAUGUGUUAUACGAUAACUCUAGAUUCAAACCCUCACUUGUAGCACCUGGGGGAUUUUAUGAAAAAGAAUGGUAUAAUAAGCUUCUUCAGGUUUCUGGUUCUGGCGUAAUCAAUGUUCUGACGCAUCAUAUAUAUAAUUUGGGACCAGGUAGUGACGGGCAGCUUGAAGGGAAGAUUUUAGAUCCCAAUCGGUUGAGCAGGGUGGAAACGAUUUUCGGCAAUCUUUCGGAAACUAUUCAAAAACACGGUCCUUGGACGUCUGCGUGGGUAGGAGAAGCUGGCGGGGCUUACAACAGUGGUGGUCAUGAUGUUUCCAACACAUUUCUGGAUAGCUUUUGGUACUUAGAUCAACUUGGAAUCGCAUCCACCUACAAUACUAAAGUUUAUUGUAGGCAGACGUUAAUCGGAGGGAACUAUGGUCUUCUCAAUACCUCCACUCUCACUCCUAAUCCUGACUACUAUAGUGCGCUUUUAUGGCAACGGCUGAUGGGAAAGAAGGUUCUUGCAGUUUCCAGUGAUAUUUCUUCGCCAUUUUUACGAACUUACGUCCAUUGUUCAAAAGAUAGAGCUGGCGUAACAUUACUGGUGAUCAACUUAAGUAAUCAAACACACUUCAUACUCAACGUGAAAAACCCAACGCGUGUUAAAAGAGACCAAGUAAGCAAAAACAUCCAUAAAGAAAGUAAUUCAUUCUUCGAGAAUCUCAAGAAAGCGUUCUCUUGGGUUGGAACGAAAGGUUCGGAGGUCACAUUCAGGGAAGAGUAUCACUUAACUCCAGAAGAUGAUAAUCUCAAAAGCCAAACCAUGGUGUUGAAUGGAAUUCCACUCAAGUUAACAAAUGGAGGGGAUAUUCCAACAAUGGAUCCAGUUCACAACAAUGUGAGGUCUCCAAUAUAUAUAGUUCCUCUGUCAAUUGCAUUUGUUGUGUAUCCAAACUUUGAUGCUCCAACUUGUGCUAGACACUGA